GCGAAGAAAAAAAGAAAAAGAAAUCGGUGAAAGAUGGUGUCGACGGCGAUUGAGGAAGUGCGAACACUGUGGAUUGGGGAUUUGCAGUAUUGGGUGGACGAGUCGUAUCUGUCUCAGUGCUUCGCACACAGCGGCGAAGUGGUUUCCAUAAAAAUCAUACGCAACAAGGUGACGGGGCAACCCGAGGGGUACGGCUUCGUCGAGUUCGUCUCGCACGCCGCCGCCGAAGCCUUUCUCCGCACCUACAACGGCACGCAAAUGCCCGGAACGGAACAGACCUUCCGCCUCAAUUGGGCCUCCUUCGGCGACGCUGGGCCCGACCACUCCAUCUUUGUCGGCGAUCUCGCGCCCGACGUCACCGAUUUCCUCCUCCAGGAGACCUUUCGGGCCCAUUAUCCCUCCGUUAAAGGGGCCAAAGUGGUCACCGACCCCGUCACGGGCCGCUCCAAGGGUUACGGCUUCGUUAAGUUCGCGGAUGAGGCCCACAGGAACCGCGCCAUGACUGAGAUGAACGGCGUUUAUUGCUCCACUCGCCCUAUGCGUAUCAGCGCUGCUACGCCUAAGAAAUCCACUUCUUUUCAACACCAAUAUGCUCCGCCUAAAGCAAUAUAUCAAUAUCCUGCGUACACUGCUCCGGUGAAUACUGUUGCCCCGGAAAAUGAUGUGAACAAUACCACUGUUUGUAUUGGUAAUUUGGAUCUUAAUGUGGCGGAGGAGGAGCUUAAGCAAGCGUUUGUGCAAUUCGGGGAGAUUGUGUCGGUCAAAAUUUAUGCUGGCAAAGGAUAUGGUUUUGUUCAAUUUGGAACUAGAGCUUCUGCUGAAGAUGCCAUUCAGAGGAUGCAGGGGAAGAUGAUAGGUCAACAAGUGAUCCAGAUUUCUUGGGGUAGUAACUUGACAGCUAGACAGGACGUACCUGGUGGCUGGGGCGCACAGACGGAUCCAAAUCAAUGGAGUGCCUACUAUGGAUAUGGACAAGGUUAUGAAGCAUAUGCUUAUGGUGCUACUCAUGAUCCCUCCUUGUAUGCGUAUGGUGCAUAUGCUGGUUUUGCACAAUAUCCUCAACAGGUUGAAGGUGCUCAAGACAUGUCAGCAGUGUCUGUGCCAAUGGAGGAGUCGUAUGACCCCCUGGCAAUGCCUGAUGUUGACAAAUUAAAUGCUGCAUAUCUUUCAAUACAUGGAAAUGCCAUUUUGGGACGGUCCCUUUGGCAGACGACCUCGCAAUCUUUACAGCAAGCCUAGGAUCUAUUUGUAUUGCCCGGUCAAUGUUACGCAUGAAGGCUUCAAAAUAUGAGUGGAAUAGCUUGUUAAUUAGAUUAAUGGCAGUACUUUGAGGUAAUACUGAAUAUCAAAUUUUCUAUUUUAGUUUAGGAUUUGAGUUUUAAUUGUAAUCUUAUUAAAUUUAGAUAUGGUGUCAUGAGGAUAUUGUGUCUUAAUUUUCUGAAUUUGUUGUUGUAUUAUAGGCUCUUUUUCCUUA